UGAAGCUGUCGGAAUGAGAGUUAGCACCUCCACUUAUAAACAAUACAAUGACAAACAAUAAAGUGCAAGUGAGCAACUCUACACAACAUAAGCAAAUAAACUCAGAUCAAUACAUUUGUAAUUGCAGACAUAUGUUUCCUGUGCUCUAUUAAACUUUAACCAUGUUGUUGUGCACUACUGCAAGUCUGCAUAUUCUUCUUCUAAAACUACACAACACUGAAAAGGUUUAACAACUUAAACUCAACUCGUGCGCGUGUGGUGGAGCCGCUGCAUCAAGAGAGGCGGGACAUUAAUUAUUUAUAUAUAUGUAUAAUUUUUUUUUUUUACUUUUAAAAUUACUAUGGGCAGCUCCUUGCACUUUUCAUUUUCAUCUGCUGUUCAUUGUUGUACUCAUUUACUGUUCAGUGUUUUACUUAUUACAGUACUUUAAACCUCAGGGAUUACUUUUAUAUUUUUCCAUUCAUUUGUUUACUUGUCAAAGUUUUUUUCAAAAUGCUGCUGGCAGCUCCCUGUACUGUUUCAUUGGAAAAGUUCUCAGAAUAAAUAUAUGCUUAAUUGAAUUUGAAUGUAGUGCUUUGUCAGUGUUUAUUUUUUUAAUUCUGUAUCAACUAUGAUUUUUACAGCAGACAUAUAUCGGUUGUAAAUAUCGGCUAUCGGUAUCUCUGUUUCAUAAUAAUCGGUAUCGGCUCUGAAAAAAACAUUUUGGUUGAUCCCUACUCUGGAACACUAUCUACUCAGUAAAGUCUUGACAGAGAUACAUAAUGGAAGACUGUUUACUUUACUUUCUUUUAUAAUGGUCAAAAAAAUAUACGCUGGUUAAGCAAACUUUCUGUUGCUGCCGAUACACAAGUUAGAUGCAGCGCUGAAGGACCGGCUCUGGAGCUGCUCCCCACCUGGCGAACAGUCAAUUACAUAUCUGCACGGUUAGCACGAGCUAAUAUUGCAGCUGUUGGACCAUCCAGACAAAAUCAUACAGAUGAAGCUGCUUGACUGUUGUUCAACCCUUAAAUAACCAUUAGGCAACGUUAGCCGUGUAAUGCUAUCACAGGGUUCCUGCAACUUUAGGCAGAUUUAAGACUUUGCCAAUUGACUAAUGCCACUUGAAAGACCAAUUUUAAAAGAAUCAAAAUUGAAGGAAAGAAAGAGCUGAACUGACAUCACUUACUUAGUUUUAGGUGCAGUUUUGCCCAAAUGUUAAUUGUAACAAUCGUAAGUAUUUCACAGAUAUCUGCUUGCCCGAGUUGUACAAUAUGGUGCACAGUCACGUCGAGAAGCUAAUUUCAGAUGCUGUGUCCAUAAGCUUCAUAACAGAUAUCUGGUCUUCAAGCGUUAGCCAGGUUAGCAUGCUGAGCUUGACUGCACAAUGGCUGGAUGAGGACUUUGCGCUGAAAAAGGCUGUGCUUCAUUCCCAAGAGUGCUGUGGCUCUCAUACACCAGUAACGAUCUCAGCUGCUUUUGAAGGGAUGUUUGAGGCGUGGAAAAUCCCCAAGGCAAAAGUACAUGCUGUGGUGAGGGAUAAUGCACGUAACAUGGCUAAAGCUACGAUGGAGUUUGGUGUGAAAAGUCUGCCUUGCAUGGCGCACACCUUGCAGCUGGCAGUGAACGGAGGUGCCCUGUCUCAACGCAGCAUCGCAGAUGCUCUGGCUGUGGGGAGGAAAGUGGUAGGACACUUCAAGCACUCAUCGCAAGCUUACAGUCGUUUGGAAGACAUACAAAAGGAACUCAACAUGCCUGUUAAAAAGCUGCAAAAAGAUGUCACCACCAGGUGGAAUUCCUCCUAUUAUAUGAUGCAGAGUCUGGUGGAGCAGAAGAGGGCUUUAAGUGCAUAUGCUGCCGAUUAUGAACUCCCUGCAACGUUAAUAGCAACUCAGUGGGGAAUUCUAGAGAAGAUGAUCACUCUACUGGAUCCCUUUGAACAGCUAACCAGGGACAUCAGCUCCUCCGUUGCCACUGCUGCAGAUGUCAUCCCUGGUGUGGUGUCCCUGACACGGCUGCUUACCAAGAGUGAUGAAGAACAGGACAAAGGGGUGAGAACAGCCAAACGCACUCUAUUGGAAGCUGUCAGCGAUCGCUUCAGUUGUGUGCAAGGAGAACCUCUUUAUGCCAUUGCAAACAUAGUUGAUGCUCGUUACAAAGAUCGUUAUUUUGACGCGGACAAGAAGGAGGGAGCACGCAACAUGCUUCUGAAAGUUGUGGAAGAAAUGGCCAGUGGCAGUGAUGAUCAGCAAGGAGAGGCUGUUAGUGCCAGUGCAGAUGACCCACAUAAGAAGGCCCGAACUGGAAGCCCGAAACUGCAGGACAUGUACCAAGAAAUCCUCGAGGAGAAUGAACUCAGCGAACGAGCAGCUACAGGGGAGACGGCAUCACAGGUGCAUGCAUACCUGGGAGAAGCCACCAUUUUCAAGGAGUGCCCUUUCAACUACUGGAGGUCCAACCAGGCCCGCUUCCCUGCUAUUUCCCGUGUAACUGCACCCUGCACCAGUGUUGACAGCGAACGGCUCUUCAGUGCUGUCGCCCAUGUCAUAGACGAGAAGCGGAAUCGAAUACAUUGCGAUAAUGCUGAAAUGCUGGUUUUCAUCCAGAAAAAUCUACCUCUCACUCACAAGGACAAGUGAAAAAUAGGACAGGUGUCAUAUAGCCCAGUCAACAUCAGUCUUUCUUUCACUUUAAUUUGUUGCACUUUAAAAGAGGGCUAUGUUUUGUUUACUGGACUCUAAACUGUCACUGCUUAUUUUUUGUGACGUUUUUGUUUUCAUUUGCACACUCUACUCUACUUGAAAGAUUAGGGCUGAUUGAGCCAAGGUUGUUACUUUUUGUGAUUGUGUUAACCAAAUUAUGGCCACUGGCCAGUUACAUAUAGAGCUCAAUUAGAGCAGGGCUUGAGCCCAGUUUAUUUUAAGAUUGUGUUACCCCAAGUAGGCUAAUGACUGGCCCUGCUUUUUUUUUUUUUUUAACUUGUUUCAGUUGUUUGCACUUUACCUCACAGUUGUAUAGGUAUAAUGUUGUUUACAUUUUGUGAAGAAGUACAAAUUUGCCCUAUGUAGUGGGCGUUUGUCAGGAUUAUCUCAGGGAGAAUGUGAUCCAAGCUGCUGUUGGAGAAAAUAAAUAUGGCACUUUUUUCCAUAGCCUAACUUAAAUUGAAGUAGUUGUCAUAUUUUGCACAGAUAAUGUUUAAAGUUUAUUGUCAAAAGUAUGCAUGAUGUUGUGCUAAUUCCAAGACAAGAGAUAUGUAAUGUUAGUUACCUAAAAUGAUUUAGUUUUUCUUUUUUUUCUUUUUUUUCUGAGGGGGGGGGGGGGCCCGCAUAUAUCGGUAUCGGUUGAUAUCGGUAUCGGAAAUUAAGAGUUGGACAAUAUCGGUAUAUCGGAUAUCGGUAAAAAAGCCAAUAUCGAAGAUCCCUAGUUCAAAUGAUGCAUUCUCUGUCAUUAAUUUAACCCAAUCUCUAUAUUCAGGUCUAGCUUGGCCUUUUCAGUCACGAAGAAUAACUCUUGCAGCUGAAAUAAAGCCUGUCAUGGCAAGAGCAAAUGCAGGUUUUUAAAUUUUAGGUAGACAUGACCUGUCUCCCAAGAGGCACAGCUGGAUUGAUUCAGGUACAGGUACACCAAGCCAUUCCUGAAUUGUUUUGAUUACCUCUCUCCAGAAAGGCAGAACUAAAGGGCAGGCCCACAUAGUAUGGAUAAAAGUGCCUUCAUGCGUCUUACAUUUCCAGCACAAGUUAUUUUCGAGUAAGCCCAUUUUGUGGAGACGGACAGGUGUAAAAUCAUAACGAUGAAGUAUCUUAUAGUGUAUAAACUUUCCCUGAGCUUCUCUUGUGAACCAGCCUGCAUUAGAGAUGAUCUUUUUCCAAGAGUCCUUAUCAAUAUUCAAACUUAGAUCCUUCUGCCAAAUGAGCCUAAGGCUCUCAGUAUCGCCAUAUAUGGCAUUAGCGGCCAUCUUAUAAAAAGUGGCAGCUGAAUGAUUGUUUUUAGGUAAUUUAAAAUAAGCCUGAAUUAUAUUGUCUUCACCAGGCAGCUGUUUUACCAGACUCACUAAACUACUUCUUAUUUGCAAGUAUCUCGAAAAGUCAGCUUUAUCUUUUAAGUUAAACUGUGUGCAGAGUUCUUCAAAAGAUUUAAAUGUUUUGUCAAUAGCCAGAGAUGAUAGAUUUCGUAUACCCCUCGAUAACCAUGAGUGCCAGUAAAUAUUUUUUCUCUCCACUGUUAUUGCUGGGUUAUUCCAAGGUGAAGAAUAUCCCUGUUUAUACUGUGAGAUCUUUAAUAAUUUGUGAAGCUUAGCCCAGACAUUCUUUGAGUGUUGUAGGAUUGGAUUAGCCUCUUUGCUCCCCGAAUUAUUAAAUAUUAGGUUUUUUUGUGACAAAACCUCAAUUGGACCAAAAGGGACAGUGAGUUCUUGCUCUAUUCCUGUCCAUCCUAAAUAGUUACUCUCAUUUGUCCAAUGUCUCGCCAAUUUAGCCAGCUCAAAGGCAAUACUAUGCAACUCUACAUUAGGUAGGGAAAGCCCACCAUUACUUCUCGUUGUAAAAAGUUUUCCUAAAUUAAUCCUUGGUUUCUGAAAUCUGAAAUUUCUGAUUAAUCUCACAGGUCUUAGUGAUUAUUUCUCCCUGUUUGUUUCUAAUUCCUGAGAUGACAUGUGCUGCAUCUUGUUGUUUUAACUGCCUGACUAAUAACUUACUGGCUUUAUUUCCAUUCUCAAAAAAAUUGGCCUUUGUCCUAAAGAGAGGAUACUCUGCCUUUUUGUUAUAAAUUUUAUUAAUAUCUAAUUUUAAUUUACAGAUUUCUUCUAAUAACAUGUCAUUGUAAUUAAGGAACAGAUCUUUUUCCUUUUUUUUGAGUUGGGAUUCUAACUUAAUCAUUUUAGCAUUAUUAUCUCUUUUCUUUUUGCUUGAAUAUGCAAUAAUUUUACCUCUAAUAAAGGCUUUAGAUGCAUCCCAAACAGUGCUGAGUUUCUCAGUAGAACCAAUAUUUAUCUGGAAGAAGGAUCUAAUAUUUUCAUCUAGCAUUUCCUUAAAGACUGGAUCUUGAAAUAAAGAAGUGUUACAUCUCCAUCUUCUGCUCUUAACUCACCAACUACUAAAUCAAGCAUCACCAUUGCAUGAUCAGUAAGCGCAAUAGCCCCAAUUUUACAUGCAAUGCAUUUAUCACUCAGAUUUUGAAAUUAAAAAAUAAUAAAUUCUUGAGGUUGAUUUGUGUUUAUGAGAGGAAAAAAAGUAAAUUCUCUUUCUCUAGGAUUAAUCAAUCUCCAUAUAUCCACUAGGCCAUGAUCUUCCACCAAUUGGUGUAUUGCCUGUCGAUCCUUUGGGGUUCUUUUGCUGUAGGUUGAUCUAUCUAGUAUGCCAUCUUGAACCUGAUUAAAAUCCCCCCCUAGCACUGUUUGUCCAUUACCAAUAUAACCUAGCAGUUUAUUGAUUUUAUAGAAGAAAUUGGCAUCUUCUGUAUUUGGGGCAUAAAUAUUGCACAGAUUUACCUUGCUUCCAUUUAUCUUAACUUCUACACAUAUAAAUCUCCCUUCCUCAUCAUUAUAUUGGUUCAACAGUACACAAUUUAGCCUCUUAUGGAUUAAGAUUGAAACUCCACGUUUCUGACUAGAAAAACAACUGAAAAAAGACUGACCUAUCCAAUUUUGUUUAAGUUUAGUAGCUUCCAUAUCUGUCAAAUGAGUUUCCUGCAGAAACACCACGUCUGCCUUUUGAGAUUUACAAUAACAUAAACAUUUCUUUCUUUUAACAGGGUUUGACAAACCAUUCACAUUCCAAGUAGUUAUCUUUAUAAUAUUAGACAUCAUUAAUUGAUUUAUCAACUAACAGAAAUUUGCUUUCCAUAACAGAAUAAAUUGAACAUGCCCAUCCAGAAAUACAUUAAGUCUUGUGCUGUCAGAGUAAACUAAAACACAGUAUCUGUAUGCUGCUAUAAAACCCUGUGCAAAGUCUGUGCAAAACGCCAAAUCAAAACUUACACACACAGGCACACACACACACACACAAAAGAAAAAACGAUAAACAUGUGGCAUAUCUAGAUGACGUUCAUCUUCCCUCAUGCAUAGCCAUUAAUGAUGAUGGAUACAGUUAACAUACCUGUUC